AUGUUUGAUAUUCCGGAUGAUAGUAACUCGGAAGAUGAUGUAGAAUCAGAAGGAGAACCAGAGUUGAAUUUAGAAACUUUGCAAAAUCUUUUAGAAGAUGAUUCCCAAAGCCAAGAAAACCAAAAUAUGCCUGAUACGAGUUCGAAUGUCUCUAUUGAGAUUUUUCAUAAUUCACAGAGUGAUGAAUCCGAAGCUGAGAUUAGUAUACUUGAAGAGCUAGAAGAAGGUUCAGAUGAAUCUGAACCAGAAGAAGAUGAAAAUUGGCGUAAAAGUUUAUGGAUCAGUCGACCGGAACCAGAAGAAUUUGACCGUCUCAAAACAGUGCUUGUGUAUUUAUUGAACAGCAGAGCUCGUCCUUUGGCACACUUUGAGAAAUUUUUCAAUGAAAACGUGUAUGAUCUUAUUGUUGCAAAGACAAAUCUCUACGCUGAACAAAAGAAACUAUUGCAUUGGGAGCCAGUAACUAUACCCGAAAUUAAAGCAUUCCUUGGCAUUUUGAUUAUCAUGGUAUAUUAUUUUACCUCACAUAUAUUUAUAUUGGUCUAG